AUGAAGUCCUUCAGCCUCCUUCUAUCCAUCGCUACUGCGGCAUCCGCACUCCCUCAGCUCAAACCACACCGCCGCGCCAACCAAAUCAUACCCGUAGUCGUCGGCGGUCCGCAAGACACAUUCGUCCCCAACUCCGUCGUCGCUGCAGUCGGUGACAUCGUGCAAUUCCAGUUCAGCAAUGGCAACCACACCGUAACCCAGUCCACCGCCGACACAGCAUGUACACCGAUGGAAGCCGGUGUACACAGCGGGCACAUCCCAUUCCAGGACGGGCAGACCGAAGUAGGGACGUUCAACAUGCCGGUCACGAGCACGGAUCCUAUGUUCUUGUACUGUGCGACAGGCCCGCAUUGCCAGGAGGGACAGGUCAUGGUUAUCAAUCCUGCGAACGCCCAACAAGUUGCCGACUAUGCCAAACUCUCCCAAGCAACAGAGAAGAGCACUGAUGGUGGCGACCCUGUUGGUGGAACCGCAGGAAAGAUCACGCUUGAUCAAGCUGCGUUCACCCCAGCGCCUCCCGAGGAUGCUGCUGGAGGAGCACCGCCUGCAGCCGCACCGCCCGCUGAAGCACCGGCUGAGGCACCAGCAGCUGGUAACGCGACAUCACCUGCCGAGACAUCUGCGUCCGAGAGCGCUGCGCCGCCCGCUGAGACUGCAGCUGCUGAAGGUGAUCAACCUGCUGCUUCGAAGACCGCUGCCGGGGGUGAAGUGACCGCCUCUGCAUCGCCAACAUCAUUCGUCUUCCUCGCGUAA